AAAAUGUACGAUAAAACAACACUUAAAAUCUCAUUAUUUGCUCGGGUUAUUUUUGAACCACUGCAAAUGUAUAAAAUGGGAACUUUUAUCACAAAUUCUUCCAUUACUAUUUCAAAAUUCGACAAAUUGGAAUUAAAAUGAAAUUUUUUACUCAAUUUCUGCUGAUUGGGACUCUAAUCCAUAUGGGCGAUUUGAAAAAGAUUGCCCUGUUCACCAAUGUGGAAUGUCCUGCACCCUACAACGAUUUGGUAUACGAUUACAAAUGUAGUCUGGUCAAGAAUGCCGAGGGAGUUCCUCUGUUACAUUUAUCAUUUAAGCUCAAAGAAGACACCAGCAAUGUGGCCCUACAUUUUAAAGUCCGAGGUAAACGUGAAAAUCAGCCGGAGGAAACAUUGCUCGUCUUCGAUUUGGAUGUGUGCGAGGCCAUAAGUGCUUCUCAUGAACAUUUCUUUUUGAAAAUGAUUUUCGAUGAAUUACGAAGGGUUAGCAAUUAUCCCACAGAAUGUCCAUUCAAGAAGGAUCAUGCCUAUAAUAUUCAUGAUUUCGCCAUUGAUUCAUCGGUCAUACCACCCUAUGUACCGGAGAUGUCAUGGUCAUUGGAGUCCCAUUACAAUGUCAGCAAUAAAAGGACGGCAACAUUCAAAGCUUAUGGAAAAUUUUCGGAGGCAUAAUAAAAAAACUUUGAAUUUUUUAAAUAAUUAUUAAAAAUUUUUACUAUUCUUAAAGCAGAAGUAAAUGUGUG